AUGGAUCUCAUAUCUAAUUCUAAAAAUCAAAAUAUCGGCCUUCUAAACACAUUUGCUCAAGAUUUCACGGAACUCAUGAAAGAUGACUCCCUAUACGACUUGAAAAUUAUUCUCCCCAACGGAAAAACUAUCUUGAGCCAUAAAUUUUGCAUAAUUAUUCGUUCCGCGAAAUUCCGUAAAAUUAUCCAAGAAUCGAAUAUCAUAACUGAAGCCACAAAUCCUAAGUCCAGUCAUGUCAAAGUAAAAUCCCCAAAAAUCCCACGAUCUCAGUUGAUGGAAGAAAUUUCAUUGAAGAAAAUUGUGGGUUCUACCUUUCUAUCAGAUAAAGCCGUAUCAAACGCAUUUGAAGAAUUAUUCUUUUAUUUCUAUCAUGACACACUCAAUGCGGGCAACUGGGACGUAAUUAUGGCAAAUAGAGAAAAUUUUUUGGCAUUUAUUCAACUUAUCAAAGUACUUGAAAUGAGGCAUCUCGUAGAACCUACGUUGGAGAAAAUUAAAGCAUAUUUAUCCUCAAAUAAUGCUGUUGACCUCUUAAAUGGAAUCAUGAAAUUGAUUGAUCAUUUGAUUGAGAACGAAGAAAAUAGUGUAGCGUAUUUUUAUGGUGAAGCUGCUCAAAAAUGCAUUGAAUUCUUUAAAAGCAUGAAUGCGCUUGUCGAAACCAAUUUUAGGGCAUUCAGCAUGGGAAAUCUGUCACUCGAAUCUUUCAAUUAUCUUAUGGAAAAUAUUUAUGUUAAGGACCGCAAUAAUUACCAAGAGACGAACAAGUUCCUUCUUGUCAUUAAUUGGUUCAAUUCUACCAAAUCUGAUACUGCUGCCAAAACUCAAGAUUUGUUUCAACAUAUCGAAUUUCCGUUGAUUCAGACUGUAACACUUACUACAAAGAUCUCUGAUAUCAAAAGGAUUUCCCCUAAAAGAUAUCAAGAUGUACUUGAUGCCGUAGUGAUCCAAUUGGCGAAGAAAUGCGCGGAAAUUGAGUCUUUACAAGAUCAACUGAAGACUCAAUACGAACAAAUA